GUCGCAGGGCUGCAGUGUCCUGCUCUCCUGACAGGCUGUAAAUAAGAGGGGAGGUGAGGAAAGGGUAGAGCUGAGCCUGGGUGAGGAGGAGGGUGCCAAAAGCUGGUGGUCGAGAUUAUUUGGAAAGCAGCAGCUGCAUCUCCACAGCAUAGGUGCUGGCCCAGGGUUGAUUUUCUGAUGGGUCCAGGGUGAUCCUGAGCUCCACCGGGCUCAGCACUGCUGGGCUGCAGGAUGUCUACCAGCUCCUGUGCCCCUGGAGAGACAGGCCACAACACGGGCACGUUUGUGACCCAAGCCCAGCUGCACGGAGCUGCCACGGUGGGUCUUUGAACCCAUGGCAGAUGGGGUUGAUGUUUGGGUGAGCCUGGUGGUGUCUAGGUGGGCAGAGGGAGCCCCAUGUGCUCCCAUUUCAGCUGCAGCCAAAUGCUGGGGUCAAAUGAGGAGUGAGUUGUCUGGGAGCAGGGGUUGCUGCUGGGACAGCUUCCCACACGGAGAAGCCCAUGGAGCGCUUUGUCCGGUGCCGCAGCCCCACGCAGGUAAGGGCAUCACCAGCGGAGCCCAAAUCCCCCUGGACAGACGUCGGCAGCCGCAGCGGGGAUGCAGGUGGAGCCCCCUUCCUCGUCCGGCGAAAUCCCCCGGCGAGGGGCCCUGUGCUUCCCGGCCGGCGCGGGCGAGGCCGCGGCAUCCCAGCAAUGUGGCCCUGCCCCCGCCAGCGGCUCGGGCUGCACCUGCUGCUCCUGGCACUGCCGGGCAGCGCUGCCUCCCGCAGCCCCCCCUGCCCCUCUGCCCGGGGGGCCGGCGCCUCCGCAGAGGCAAACCCGGCGGGAGGAGCCCCGCAGUAGGACCCGGCGGGGUUCCCGCACCCCGGCGGGCGGCACCAGGACCCGGAGGGCGGCACCAGGACCCGGAGGGCGGCACCAGGACCCCGCGGGGUUCCCCGGCGGCGCGCGGCUCCCGGGAGUCCGUGCGCGCGCGGCCCCGCGGAGCAUCGCGGAGCAUCGCGGAGCGGUCCGGGCACCCGAGCAGCGAUGUGACCCCCGGGGUGCAGCCAUGGCCGUGCUGGCCGGAGGGGCCUGGCAGCCCCCCGCACCCCGCGGCGUGGAGGAGAAGACGAUGGACCCCCCCACUGCCCGCUGCAGAUGAGAGCCCCCCGCCCAGCUCCGGCAGCGGGAGCGAGGUCUUCCCCUACAGCCCCCUGCGGGGCAGCGCCCGCCGGCCCCCCGACCUCAAGAAGUGGGGGGUGAAAAGUGGGUACCUGCCCGUCUGCGGCAACAAGACCCUGACUGCCCGCUGCCACCAGUGUGUCAUUGUUACCAGCUCCAGCCACCUCCUGGGCACUCGCCUGGGCACGGCCAUCAACGGGGCCGAGUGCACCAUCCGCAUGAACGACGCUCCCACCACGGGCUAUGAGGCUGACGUGGGCAACAAGACCAGCUUCCGCGUGGUCGCCCACUCCAGCCUCUACCGCGUCCUCAAGCGGCCCCAGGAGUUCGUCAACAAGACCCCAGAGACCAUCUUCAUCUUCUGGGGGCCACCUGCCAAGAUGCAGAAGAGCCUCCUGAAGAUCAUCCAACGUGUCAGUGCCUCCUUCCCCAACAUGACAGCCUACGUGGUCUCCCCUGGCCGCAUGAAGCAGUUUGAUGACCUGUUUCGGGGGGAGACAGGGAAGGACAGGGAGAAGUCGCGCUCGUGGCUCAGCACCGGCUGGUUCACCAUGGUGAUCGCGGUGGAGCUCUGCGACGCCGUCCACGUCUACGGGAUGGUGCCACCCAACUACUGCGGCCGCCGGCCCCCGCCGCGCCGCCUGCCCUACCAUUACUACGAGCCGAAGGGCCCCGACGAGUGCACCACCUACAUCCACAACGAGCGGAGCCGCAGGGGCAACCACCAUCGCUUCAUCACCGAGAAGCGGGUCUUCGCCAGCUGGGCAGGCCUCUACAACAUCACCUUCUCCCACCCCGCCUGGCCCUAGGGGAUGUUUCCCCCCGAGUUGGGCAGACCCCCCCCCAGAGCUGGGAUGAAUAGGGGUCCCCUGCAUCCCUCCAGGAAGGGGGGAGCAGUGGGUGCCUCCCAUGGGACCACGUGCAUGGUGGCUCCUCGCACCCAGGAUGUGUUGGGUUUUUUUGGGGGGGCAGGUAGUGAGGGCAAUGUUUGGGGUUCCCCCUGCAUGAGGUGUGGGGGUGUGAUCCUGCCCCAUCCUGGUCCAGGGGUGUCGCAGCCCCUGUGAAUGCACAGGGGGUGACAGGUCCCCUCGGCUCAGUUUGGGGUCAUCACUUUUGAGGCCACUGUGGAGACUGUUCCCCCCACACCCUCUGGGUGGGUGCCCCACCCCUUGGGGCUCAACCCCCUCAGUCAUCCCCACCACCCUGAUCCCAGCCCGUAGGCAUCCUUCCCUCAGCAAAACCCCCCAGUUUUCAGUGAGACCCCGUGGGGGUGACACUGCCACCCCCACUGUCCAAGACCACCCGUCUCCUCACACUGCUGCAUCCCACACCCACACUGCCAGAACCUUUUCUAACUGAGUGAUGGGAUUUGGGGGGAAGGGGGGUCUUUGGGGGGCUUUUUUUCUUUCCCUUCCCAGUUUCUGGUCCCAGGGUUUGUAUUCAAGUUUCUCUCCAAGAGGCUUGUUAGUGGUAAUGAAGGGGCCAGCAGCAGCCUUUAUAAAGGAUUUAGGAGUGGGCACAUGGUUGGGGGGGGGAGCAUUGCCCCUUGGUGCCCUGCACCUGGGGAGAGUGGGACAUUUUGUUAUUCAUUUCUCAGCAGCAGAAAGGUGGGGUUGGGGAAAAUAGCUAAAUACAGUGUGUUUGAGUGGCAGGGCUCCUGGCAGGGCUCCGUGCCUCAGUUUCCCUCUGGCUGGUCCCUGUUGUUGCUGGGGCUUUGGGGGUGUCAGUGCUGAUGGAAGCUGUGGGGUGCCUGUGUUUUGUAAUGGUUUGUACAGGAAUAAAUAUCGCUGCAGUCUUGUUGCCUUGG